AUGGACCAAGUAAGUACAACCAGCAAUGGCGUGGCGGCGGCGGCAGGCGGCGGAGUGAGCAUUGGGGCGGCGAUUGGAAUCGCCUUUGGCGCAUCUGCGGUGACAGCAGUCACCAUCCUUCUUCUCUGGUGGAACUCGCGGCGCCGAGCCAACUCGAGGGCCCGCCGCGGCGGCGUGGAAUUCGGCAUGAUGAACGGAGAAGACCGUCGCUCUCUCUCCGUGGAGGAGGUGAACUCCUCCAGCCCAGCACCAGAAGAGGACCGCUCCCCCUCGACCUCCUCCCUCGCUCUCGAAGAAAUGCUCGAUCUGGACAGCACCAGAGCGACCCCAGCCUCAGUCCGCAGCACGCCGUCCAGAUCGAAGCACGAACCAAAUCUCGACUCGAUCUCUGAGGCCAGCGAGCCUUCUACGACCUCUUCUCCGGCUGCGACUCCUCCUCUAUCGAAUUUGUACACUCCAUCACUGUACCGAGCAGCACCACCAGACAGUAUUCAGCAGCAGACACGCCUGGCACCACCAAAUUUGACCACAGAGUAUUCGAUUGCAUCGCUGGAAGGCUAUGAGGAGUUUGCACCAUGGAUUGAUCCCGAAGCUAUUCAAGUACGAGACGAGCAGGACGAGCAGCAAGGAUUGUAG